AAACCUCUGGGACAGACAUUUUUUUUUUAAUACGCAUUGUUCUCAAAUAAGACAACUUGGCAUUGUUGAUAAAUAAUAAUAGUAAUUUGAAAUUGAGAAGAAUAAUUCCUACUUGAAAUGAAGCGAUCGCGACACGGGCGUGUGUGUUAUUUUGGUCGGGCACCAUCCAUCACGUUUAAUUGCCGAAAUCCGUCGAUAUUUUCUGGGCUUUUCGGCUGGUGUUGGACGGAAUGAUCUCUUUGAAUAUCCGUCUCGUCUGUUGUGACGGCCAACAGCACAACAGGUCUCGGGUAUUGUGAAUAUUCUGCCCCGGUUCAGUGUCCCCCGCGGGCUCUUUUUGACCGGCGAUAUAGCGCCGCGAAAAUGUCGACGUCGCGUCCACGAGCUCUCUACGACGUUAGCAUGAAGCCAGCCCGGUUGAACGGAUGUUUAAAUAUUUCACGUGUAACUACGCUUGAUUGAACUACUUCGACGGGGAGCUGUCGCCGCAGGGCAAGAUGCCGUGGAUCGAGUACAACCGGGAGCGGGCGUGCGGCUCCGACUUCAUCAUCGACUUCCUGGAGGAGCGACUGGGCGUCGGCCUCAACGGGAGCCUGACGCCGCAGGAGAAGGCCGUGUCCCGCGCCGUCUCCAAGAUGGUGGAGGAGCACCUCUACUGGACGGUGGCGUACUGCCAGUGGGUGGACAACCUGGAGGAGACGCGGAAAAUGUUGUCCGUGAGCGGGCCGCUCAAGUGGAUCCUGAGUCACGUGACCGGCGGCAUCGUCAAGCGCGAGAUGCACGGGCACGGGAUGGGCCGCUUCUCCAGGGACCAAGUCUACGCCGUGAUGGAGAAGGACAUGCGCACGCUGGCCACGCUGCUCGGUGAGCGCCCCGCCGCCGGCGCCCCAAGUGGUUCCAACGAGCGCGGCGGCCGGGUUUUAACGCGGACCCCCCUCGGCCGUGUGCUUCCCGUUUGUCGCAGGCGACAAGAAGUACCUCAUGGGCUCCGAGGUCUCCACAGUCGACGCCACCGUGUUCGGCCACCUGGCGCCCGCCAUGUGGACUCUGCCCGGGACGCGACCGGAGCAGCUCAUCAAAGGCGAGCUGAUCAACUUGGCCAUGUACUGCGAGCGCAUCCGCCGGCGCUUUUGGCCCGAGUGGUUCGUGGACUUGGAGGACUUGCGCUACGCCGACGCGUCCGACGGCGGCGGGCCGGCCUCCGAGCUGCCCGACUUGGGCCUCUACUCGCGCACGGGGACCUCCCGGGACGACGAGGCCCCCUCGCGCCGCGCGCCGCCCGUGUCGCCCGGCAGCGACCCGACGGGCAUCUCGCCGUACGACUCCGACAUGGACACGGAGUGCUCCGAAAUGGAGUCCCUCAAAUGUUGACCGAAGUUCUGGGGAGGGAGGAGGCAGGACAAAAAACAAAACAUUUGGGAAGUAACUUCUCCGCGUGGUGGCGCGUUGCAGCUACAUGUCUUUGUUCCAUUCGUGUAACCACGGCAACUGUUUAACACCAUUGAUGUCCCGUAGGGGGCAACAGCGCCACCUAGUCAUGUACAGAAAAGACACGAAGAUCCUCAUCAGUGUAAAUGCAUCCAUCCGUAUAAAUACUGUAGUAUAGCUAGCCUGCAAAUAUAGACAGUAGGAUUCCCUCGAUGAUGGUGGAAAUGUAAAUACUACUCCCCCCGCCUCCCUCGCCAAAAUGUCCGCUUUAAACCGCUCUAGCGUCAGGACGACAAGCCCCUUGACGCAAAACUGCGGCCGCUUGAUCACGUUAUUUUAUUUAUUUUUUUUUUACAUUUUUGCCUUAUGUCAUCCUGAUUCACGUCGGGCCUUACGUUGUGUUAAACAUCCAUUCAUCCAUCCAUUUUCUUUGCCGCUUAUCCUCACGAGGGUUGCGGGGAGCGCUGGAGCCUAUCCCAGCUGUCAACGGGCAGGAGGCGGUGGUGGUGGUGGUACACCCUGAACUGGUCGCCAGCCAAUCGCAGGGUACAUUGAGACAAACAGUCGCACUCACAAUCACACCUCGGGGCAAUUUAGAGUGUUGCAUGUUUUUGGGACGUGGGAGGAAACCGGAGUGCCCACCCCGAGAAAACCCACGCAGGCACGGGGAGAACAUGGAAACUCCACACAGGCGGGGCCGGGAUCGAACGCGGGACCUCAGAACGGUGAGGCCAACAUUUAACCAGCUGCCACUUAAUUGAUAUUGAUUUCUUAUAUUUUUGUAGCUUUGUUGUAUUUUUAUAUAAUUUAUUUAAAUUAAUUUAUAUAAUUUGAUGUACUUUUAGUAAAUUCUCAUUUUAUUUGUAAAACGCGCUUUUCUCUUGUCAUCGACACGUUCACGCAUUGAUUUGUUGCUGCUUAUUAAUCUUUUUGUUUUUCGAGUCCGUCCCCUUGAACGGCUUCCCGUCGGCGUGAUGUAACGUUACGAAUGUAUGUCGAGGCCAUGGAUUAAAUAUUUUACUCUUCGAUGGUUCGGGAGGUUGCUAGUGUCUUCGCGCUAAACCCUGCCGAGGUCACAGCGCACGAGGAAUGUGGAAAGCAAUUAUGACGGCGCCUGAAGAAGAAGAAAAAAAAAAAAAUCGCAAUAUGAAUAAUACAUAGAGGCAUAAAGCAGAUGGUGGCCUGCUGAUUGGACGCAAUCCAAACAACAACAACAGAGCGCCUGCGUUACGUAACACACCAGCGUCUACCUGGGCCUGAUGUAUAGCAGAUUUGCUUUUUUUUUUUCAGUGUUGGCGCAACAUUUGCCACCCUAUAGGCAACGGAUUGAAAACAAAUGGUGCGGCAACACGUGCAGACAACACCUGUCACAGUCAUUCAAAUGAAAUGAAAUGAAAACGGGACAAUGGUAGAUUGGAAGCUUACUUGAAUGAAUACAUAUCUAAUGUUCAAGUUCUAUCGUGCUUGUCCUCAUCAGAGCCAAGAUGACUUUGGGACAAGAGGCAGGUACGCCCUGGACUGCCCAGUAGUCAUUCGCACGGUACGUAAACAAAAACCCAUCCACACAAUUUAGUCUGAGAGGA